AUGUCAUCUCUAACUCUCUGCUCUUCGUCCUCCCUCUCACCUGUUACUCGCCAAGACCUAUGCCUGUUCAAGUCACUCUCCGACUUAAGCCCCAGUGACCAGCAGUUUCUUAAAGAAACUUCCUAUGAAGCAUGGGUAGCCAGUGCCUUGGAUUCUGAGUGGAAGAUCAAGCUGAAGCAGGUCAGAGUCUUACCUGCUUGGGGUGUGGCGGUUAGGUUGGUAAUUGAAGUGGGGAACAAAAGAACAGAAAUAGAAAUCAAAAAGAUGUGAGCGAAAGUUUGAUAUGUGCUGAUGAUAAAUGGAUUAAGCUGGAAGUGCACCCUACCUGCUUGGGUGGCAAGCUUUUAUCCUAAAGUUACUCAUAAAUGAGUAUUUUACAACUUGAGAUUAAACGAAAAGCAGAUUCUUUAUUUAUUUAAAAGCAUUAAUCUUUGAAAGAUAUUAAGGUUUAACCAUUGAUCAAUCAAAAUUUCAAAUAAAACUGCAACCUUCUGCAACAGCUACAGACUUACAGAUAUAGCAAUCUCAAACAUACUCUCACACACCGGAGAAUGUCUCCCAACCAACAGUGAAGAAGUUGAUUUCCUGAUAACCCAAAUCGGAUAUCUACCAGCCCCCUUAAAAACCCUCAAAUUAUUAAACCCCUUGACUUCCUCCCAUCUUCAAGGCCUCCGGUGAACUCCUACUCUCCAAAAAUCCAUCAUAAUCUACAACUGAAGUGAGAGUGGGCCCCUCAAGUAUCUUUGUCCUUCAUAAACCAUCAGAAAGCAC